AUGAAUACAAUCACAGUAAAUUUAACUCCAGAUCAAUUACCUUCAUCGUUUAACAAUGAAAUUAUAAGUUGUAGUGAAGGUAAUUACGUUAUACGUUCAAAUAUAACUAAUUUUGAUCUUUGUGACAAAUGGGUUGGUGAAUUUUCUGAAUUAUCAUGUACAUCUUGGCAAGUAAGGAACACUAAUCAAAACAGUGAACGCUUCAUUAGCAGAAAAGAUUAUACUUGUCAUCAUAGUAAUUUUAGAAAAGUUGAAGCAGCACAAAAUAAAAGAGGUAAAUCUAAAAAUAUAAACUGUCCUGCAAAAAUAAAAAUUAUCGUGAAGAAAACUACUGUUGAUACUCUCAAGAAGGAUAAAUUUAUUAAAAAUGGACUUGUAGCAGUAAUUAAUAUACUGAGUAUUCAUUCUCAUUCGAUAACUACUGCUGAAGCUUUGAGUAGUUUAAAAGUGUCUGAAGAAACUAAAAAACAAUUUGAGAGUUAUUUCAAUGAUGGACUUGGUAUAACUGAUGCAAUAUUAUUUCAUGAAGANAAUGCUCUCUCAAUAAAAGAACUAUCUAGACUAUCAAGUUUGACUAAUGUACAUGGGCCGUAG